UGCUGCUUUGCGGUGUCAUUCAUUUCGGUGAUCGUCUGUAGAGCAGUCGCUUUAUUUCAUUUUCCAAGAGAAAACAAAACCAAAAUGUUAAUCGCCAAAAAGUGGAUCUACGCUAAAGCUUUUUCCGGCUACCCGACGGCGGAGAACUUUCGCCUAGAAGAGGAGACCCUCGGGGAGCUGAAAGAGGAUGAAAUUCUCGCUGAAGCCAUUUUCCUGAGCGUGGAUCCAUACAUGCGUCCAUACAUGGGUCAAUACCCGGUCGGUACCGUCAUGAUUGGUGGCCAGGUGGCCAAAGUGGUGAAAAGUAAGAAUUCGAAGUUUCCAGAAGGGAGGUUUAUUUUCGGAAACUUUGGCUGGCGCACGCACACGAUUUGCAACCCCAGCGUUGGUGAUUUCCGCGCGAAACCGUACGUGCUUCCAGACUUUGGCGAAGUGCCCCUCUCAUUAGGGUUGGGAGUACUAGGAAUGCCGGGCAACUCGGCUUACUUUGGAUUUUUGGAGAUUUGUAAGCCCAAAGAGUGUGAGACGGUUGUGGUAAGUGGUGCUGCCGGUGCCGUCGGAAGUCUUGUCGGUCAGAUUGCCAAAAUCAAGGGGUGUACCGUGGUUGGAAUCACCGGAACGGACGAAAAGUGCGAGUGGAUCAAAAACAUUGGGUAUGAUUAUGCUAUCAACUACAAGACGCAGGACAUCAAGGCGGAAUUGAAGAAAGCGGCCCCCAAAGGUGUCGACUGCUAUUUUGACAACGUCGGAGGAACAACUACUGAAAUCGUCCGCGGACAGAUGAACACUUUCGGAAGGAUAUCUGUCUGUGGGAUAAUUUCCAGCUACAAUGAGGAAAGGGCGAAGGUUUUCGACCCGCAAAGAGAUUUUGUUGGUAAGCAGCUCAAACAGGAGGGAUUUGUCGUUUCGCGCUGGAAUGCGCGCUGGAUGGAGGGCAUCGAACAAAAUUUGAAGUGGAUUCAGGAGGGCAAAAUGAAGUACAGAGAAACGAUCACCGAGGGUUUUGAGAAUAUGCCCGAUGCGUUUAUCGGUAUGCUCAAGGGGGUAAAUAUUGGUAAGGCUAUUGUUAAGGUUUGAUAAUCCUUUUGCAUUAUUUAAUUCAAUAAAAAACAGUUUACAUCCGAAU